UCUGCACCGAGCUGUGAGGGGGGUUCGUCUCCCAGACUGCCAGCAGAGGGGACAGGGGGGCAUUGGAAAGGAGUUUGUCUGGUCAGAGCAGGUGUGUGUGCCAACGGACGGUGAAUCUUACGGGGACAUCACUCCUGAGGAGCACGCCUGGGAGGAUGUUGUCUGAAUAAGCUACCUGACCCAGGUCUUCGAACGCUGUGAGGGAACGUUUGAGAAGCAUCGGAAAGGAAGGUGGACUGAAGGAGUGACGGUGGAAGACGGCCGGGCCGCACUGAGGAACGGGUACUUGGAACCAUGGCAGGAUGGAGCCUCUUCCUCCUCUUCUUGGGGGUGGUAUCCCUGGCCCAGGGCUCCUCCUUCCCCUCCGGCCAACGCCACCGCGCCCGUCUGCAGAGGGACCGCCAAGCCCGCAACAACGUCCGGCCCAACAUAAUCCUCAUCCUCACCGAUGACCAGGAUAUUGAGCUAGGUUCAAUGCAGGCCAUGAAUAAGACUCGGCGUAUCAUGGAGCAGGGAGGCACCCACUUCUCCAAUGCCUUCUCCACCACUCCCAUGUGCUGCCCGUCGCGCUCCUCCAUUCUGACGGGGAAGUACGUCCACAACCACCACACCUUCACCAACAACGAGAACUGCUCCUCGCCGUCCUGGCAGCUGCAUCACGAGCCCCACACCUUCGCCGUGCACCUUAACAACUCCGGCUACAGGACCGCCUUCUUUGGGAAGUAUCUGAAUGAGUACAAUGGCUCCUAUGUUCCCCCUGGCUGGAGGGAGUGGGUGGCGCUGGUCAAGAACUCUCGCUUCUACAACUACACCCUGUGCAGGAACGGCGUGCGCGAGAAGCAUGGCAGCGACUACACCAAGGACUACCUCACAGACAUCAUCACCAACGACAGCAUCAGUUACUUCCGCUCGUCUAAGAGGACGUACCCCCACCGGCCGGUGAUGAUGGUCCUGAGCCACGCUGCCCCCCACGGGCCGGAGGACUCCGCCCCACAUUACAGCACCGCUUUCCCUAACGCCUCACAGCACAUAACCCCAAGCUACAACUACGCCCCGAACCCGGACAAACACUGGAUCCUUCGCUACACCGGUCCGAUGAAGCCCGUCCACAUGCAGUUCACCAACAUGCUGCAGCGCCGGAGAAUGCAGACCCUCCUCUCCGUGGACGACAGCGUGGACAAGCUGUACAACAUGCUGGUGGAGACGGGAGAGCUGGACAACACCUACGUCAUCUACACGUCGGACCAUGGCUACCACAUCGGUCAGUUCGGCCUGGUCAAGGGCAAGUCCAUGCCCUACGAGUUUGACCUCCGCGUGCCCUUCUAUAUACGAGGUCCCAACGUGGAGGCAGGAGCCACUAACCCUCACAUGGUUCUCAACAUCGACCUGGCUCCCACACUGUUGGACAUGGCCGGAGCAGCUGUUCCCUCAGACAUGGACGGCAAGUCCAUCAUCAAACUUUUGGACACGGACAAACCUGUCAACAGGUUUCAGGUGAACAGGAAGGGGAAGAUGUGGAGAGACUCCUUCCUGGUGGAGAGAGGCAAGCCACUCCACAAGAGGGCCGAUGGGAAGGAAGUGGCCCAGGAGGAGAACUUCCUGCCCAAGUACCAGAGGGUCAAAGACCUGUGUCAGAAAGCAGAGUACCAGAGCUCCUGUGAACAGCCAGGACAGAAGUGGCAAUGUGUGGAGGAGCCGUCUGGUAAGCUAAGGCUGUACAAGUGUAAAGGCAUGGCCGGUCUAUAUGCCUCACGCACCCAGGCUCUGAUGGCCAGCACCGGGUCCCAGCAGUGGGUUGGACAUGUCUCCAAUGCUGGAGAUGGCUGUGACUGCGGCCCCCUAGGACCCAAAAUUACACCCCUGAAGAAGAGGAGGCUGUCCACUAAGAAGAAGGUGAGGUCCGGCAAGAGUCUGACUAGAAACCGUUGGGCCCGGUCCGUUCCUUUUGAGCUGGACGGAGACCUGUAUGCUGUAGACCUACAGGAGGGCUACAGGCCCGUGGGCUUCAGGAACACCAGCUGGCCUGGGGAGAGGGGGGGCGGGGACCUGCUGGACAAUGACGAGUUCAGCGGGAUGGAAAUCCCAGCCAGACCCACAGCCAGACCCACAGCCAGCAACAGUCUUACACCACCUGCCGCCCUUAAAGUCACCUACAGGUGCUCCAUCUUGUUGAAUGACACGGUGAGGUGUGACGGAGGACUCUACAAAUCCCUCCAGGCAUGGAAAGACCAUAAGCUGCACAUCGAACACGAGAUAGAAACACUGCAGACAAAAAUUAAGAAUCUGCGUGAAGUCAAAGGUCACCUGAAGAAGAUUCGGCCUGAGGAGUGCCAGUGCAACAGCCCCAGCUACUUGUCCAAGAACCAGGGGCUGUUCAGACUCAAUGCUGGUCGCAUGCUCUCACUCAGCAUUAUGCCCUCGAAGCAGAAGAGACAGUGGCUAAUGAAGGAGCAAAAACGCAGGAAGAAGCUCCGUAAGCUGCUCAAGAGGCUCCGCAACAACGACACCUGCAGCAUGCCUGGUCUCACCUGCUUCACUCAUGACAACCAGCACUGGCAGACCGCCCCCUUCUGGACAAUGGGUCCGUUCUGUGCUUGUACUAGUGCCAACAACAACACCUACUGGUGUCUCAGGACCAUCAACGACACGCACAACUUCCUGUUCUGCGAGUUUGCCACAGGCUUCAUAGAGUACUUCGACCUGAACUCGGACCCAUACCAACUGAUGAACGGGGUUGGCGGCCUGGAUCGCACUGCCCUGAACCUCAUGCACCAGCAGCUUAUGGAGCUACGGAGCUGUAAAGGCCACAAGCAGUGCAACCCAGAGACGGGUGGUAAAGACAGAAACUCUUUCAGUGAAUACAGGCCAGUUCAUCGUCGAAAGAGGCCAAAAGUGAAGAAGCCCUCCUCCAAAUCGCUAGGACAGAUUUGGGAAGGAUGGGUCGGUUAGCGAAACAUGUGUCCCACCACUCACCACACGGCAGUCUGCCAACGGAGGAGGACCAGAACAACUGGAGAACCUGAUGGCUUCAGACCGACUUCAUGGGAAUGUAACCGAAACAACCAUUGCAGUAGGAGCUUAGAGAGCAGGAUGCUGGUUCGACGUUAUCUAGUGCCGACCAUGCAAACUGAGCAGAGCAAACACUGAAUGAAGAAAAUGAAAACUGUCACACUCUCAAUCGUAAUGCGUGCACACACACACACACAUAUUCUAACUGACACCCUCACACAGGAACGUUUUCGCCUCAUGUCCCAUCACCCCAGUUCUCUGGACAUCCAAACCAGGUUUCAGCCUGGUCUGUCGACUGGGGCUACUCCCUGAAAAUGUCCUGUGAUUUUCAGCAUCCGUCUUGAGUGAACAGUGAACGUGAGAUGUUUUAGUAUUAGUCUCUUGUAACAGCCUUAACACUGGGUGCAGAGGUCAGUUAAAUAUCAACUCCGCCGUGACGACUUGACAUGUAUCAUAAUUACGGCCUUCUGCCAGACCUGACGUAAAUCACCACCCUGCGGAAUGAAGACGUCAGGCGACAACAUCAAGCAAGCCUCCGCCUUACAGAGCAUGAAGGUUACUGUCCACAACGCGUCAGUGUGGCUGGAAACUCCCCUCAAGGACCACCACACAACAUGUCGUCUUUUUGUUGACGCAAUGCCAACCCAAGGACUUCCCCAGGACAUUCCCCAUUGGGCCGUACACCUAAAAUGAUUGUUGAUGAAAUGUCACAAAGGGGCCCGUUAUACAACCACCACCUCACCAUCCUAGACAAUGGCCUAAACCAGACUUCCAAAACAACCUUGUUUCACCAGUAGAAUGCAUAUCUGUUAUUAGUGGUGGUCAUCUUACUUUGGAUAUAGUAGGUGGCAUUAGCAAUACAAUCAGUUUAGUUUGUUCAGCUUGCUAUACAUGGUGCUAUGAUAACAUCACAAAAAUAAAGAUGUGCUGUACAGUGUGUAUUUGAAUGUAAGUUGUGCAAUUAAUAUAAAUGUUUACAAUAUUUUUUAUAACACUGAGGAACAGGCAGACUUCUCUUUUGUGUUUGAUAUGAGCUGACAAGUAUUACCUUUUUAGAUGAGAAUGUAACCUGAAGACAUUUCCUAACUCUGUAUUUAUCCAUCUGUCCCCUCUGGACAUUUCUGGAGUUUAUUCUCUGCUCUGUUGAAACCAACUGCUAGUUAAAAAAGAAAACAUUUCUGUAAGAUGAAAAAGCACAUAGAAAAUAUUCACUGUGAAAUGAAAUUCCUAUGAAAACGAAUCUCUUGUUGUACACGAGAGUAAAGAAGUUACAUUGUAGUGAGUCUUGACAUCCAUAUUCAUUAUAAUGCCUUUGCUUUCUAUCAUGUUUCACAGUGAGAGUCCCAUUGCAGACAGUUCUGGUAGUGAGUAGCCGAUCUGUGAAUAAAGUGUUAAUUUCCCUCA